ACAACGACGACAAUGGCGGAAUGGCAAUUGGCGUGUACAAGUUGAUACGUCAUGCGCGCGUGUAAGUCCACAGCUCUCGUUAUCAUAGUCAAGGAUUUGCAAAGAAUUUUAGAGAUCAAACAGUAGAUUAUGAGUUGACUGAUAUUUCACUUUCGCGAAAUUUGUAUAAAAGCAUAGCACCGCCGUGUCACGGAUUCAGUGCUCGAAUCGCACGGAUUUCGGUAUUUUUGGAAACUGACCAAAGAUGUUCUCCAAAGUUGCUGUCUGUCUGUUUGCCUACUGUGCCGUUGCUCUGGCCAGGCCCCAAGAUGCCAGUGCGAACCAGCAGACGCCAAAUCAGCUUUUGGACUCCAACCAGCCACGUCAUCCAAAUCAGAUUCGAGAAUUAGAUUCGAACCGAUUCCAAGGAUUCAACCCGAAUCUGUUUCAAGAUUUGAACCCAAAUCAGCUACAAAAUCGAUUCGCUAGACUGAACGAUGGUCAAGGCAGUGCUAACCCUAAGUACCAGUCUCCUAUUUUAGAGAUUCCUAAUCACGUGAUCGAUUGGAGCCAGCACUUCGUCGACAACUCGGUAAACAGACUCGGCGCAGCCCUCGGUCAAUCUUACGACGACACCGAGCGCGUGGUCAAUAACGUCGCCGACACUGUCAACGAAGUCGGCAAGCGCGGACUCCAAGACGGCGUUACCCUGUUAAAAACCGGGUUCGGCCUAUUGUCCACCAUCCCGAAAAUUGGUUUAAGUCUUUUGUCUCGCAACAACAACAACAACAAUAGCAACAACAACGGCUUUCGAUAUUGAGCGGAAUGGACAAAGAGACUGUAACUAAUAUCAAAACGCGAUGUACGACGGAAUCAAUAAAAAACAAU